CUUGAACUAAAACUACCGCCUCGACCCCUCCUCCUCCUGCUCUCUAAAUCUGAAUGUUUAAACGAAGUCGAGCGAAGUUUGGCCUCGUGCAGCGAGGCGGCGAGCGGCCAUUGUUAAAGUGGGCGCCUUAGGCCUCGGCCCACGUGACCUCCCUCCCAACUGCCCCAUCACCAUGGUAAUGGAAACCCCUCAUCCCCUGCACGUGGGGAGAGAGUUUGUGAGGCAGUAUUACACCCUGCUGCACCAGGCCCCUGACUUUCUGCACCGGUUCUAUGGCAAGGACUCCACCUUCGUCCACGGGGGAGUCGAUGCAAACGGAAAACCUUCCGAGCCUGUGGUGGGGCAAAUGGAGAUCCACGCCAGGAUCGUGUCUCUAGCCUUCCGCGACUGCCGCACCAAGAUCCGUGCGGUCGACUCUCAGGCGACAAUGGGUGGUGCUGUGGUGGUGCAGGUUCUGGGGGAGCUCAGCAACGCCGGCGGUGCCAUGCGCAGAUUCCUCCAGACCUUCAUCCUCGCGCCCGAGGGCUCUGUUCAGAACAAGUUCUUUGUUCAGAACGACAUCUUCCGCUACCAGGACGAGGUCUUCACGGACAGCGACCACAGUGAAGACCUGGAGGAGGAAGAAGAGGAGGAGGAGGAGGAAGGGGAGGGAGACUCUGAAGCGGAGAACGGCUCUCCUCUCUACGAGACUCACUCACCCGGCAACGCGCCUUCCGAUAUGACACAACCUAUCUCAAACAACACCCAACAUCAUUAUCAGCAACAACAGCAGCAGCAGCAGCAGCAGCAACAACAUCAGCAGCAGCAGCAACUUCAUCAGUUGCCAAAGGAAGAGAUGCGGGGAGACGCGGCCGGUAGAGGAGGUGAUGCUGAUGAGGCGGUGGAGGAGGUGGAGGAGGAGGAAGAGGCGGAGGAGGAGGAGGAGGUGUCGCCAACAACUAUUGAGACCCACACUGCAUCGUCAUCAACAUCAGCAGCAGCAACGUCGGCAGCGGCAGUGGUAGCAGCGGCGGCAGCAGUUGCAUCGGCAACAGCAGCAACAGCAUCAGCAGCGACAGCAGCUGUGGAACCUGCACCACCAAAGCCAUUCUCGUGGGCAUCCGUGACCAGCAAAAACCUCUCCCAGGGAGGGGGGCUACCCGCCCAGACAGCCACCACCUUCGUGCAUCACAAGGUGGUGCCAACACAGGCCAACGUGGAGCCCAAAGCCGAGACCCCUCGUGGCCCCCGAGGCGAAGGGCGGCCUGGGGGUCCCCCCCUCCAAUCACGGCCCCCACCCCGGCAGGUUAGAAUCACCGCUGCCGUACGUUUCGACGUGAUGGCGACGAGCCGCUUCGUUGAGACGUCAUUUCGUGGAUGGCCAGUGAGAGGAGGCGGUGAAGCGGAUCCGUCCGUGGAUGGGGAAACGCGACGUUUCCCUCGCUACGCAGACUCGCAGCAGCUGUUUGUGGGGAACCUCCCCUACAGCAUGGAGGAGGCUUCCCUUCGAGAAUUCUUCUCCUCGUACGGGACGGUGCUGAGCGUGCGCAUCAACACCCAGGGCGCCUCGGCAGUGACGGGGAGGAAGCUGCCCAACUAUGGCUUCGUGAUCUUCAGCGACGCAGACUCGGUGCAGAAAAUCCUCGCGGCCAAGCCCAUCCUGUACCAGGGUGAACACCGCCUCAACGUGGAGGAGAAGAAGCGGCGUGGAUUCCGGGAGGGUGGAGGUGCCGGAGGAGGUGGGGGCCGUGGGGGCGGGGGGAGGGGCUAUGGAGGAUCCCGGCCCCCGACGGCCCCCAGGGUUGGUGGGGGGGGGCUGUCAACCCCCCACCCGGCCGAGUGAA